AAGUAACCGAUAAUUUCUAGAUCCAACCAGUUUUAUAUCAGACAAUUUAAUUGCUUUUAGGACCUUGUGUCAGCCAAUUGCUGAAAACAUUUUUGUUAAAUUAAAUUAAAAUUAUACAAGUUUCAAAAACUCAACACAAUAUUACAAUGACAGCUCUGAAAUAGUUUUGUGAAAUGACAUUCAAAUCAAACAAGUUACUAGAUAAUUAACUUGAUUGUACCAAGAAAAAAACAACAAACGUACAAAAACUUCACCUAAUUCAUUAACCAAUGCCAAUUAACGCAACUACAACGUACUCUCUAAGAAAAAGUAUUGUUAACAGCCGUGCAAUAAUAAGGACAAUCGGUCAGAUCUCCCACUUACUAAGACAUUACCAGCCGCCGACCCAUUGUGCCGGCAGUUCUUGUACCGAUCACACGAAUGAAACGCGAGUGUUGUGAACUGUGCUAAUUAUAAUGUCUGGCCAAACUUGGACACCCCCUAACAUAGCUGAAAUCUGUCCGGAGCAGAACGCACCCCUUACGCAAUGCUCACCAACAGGGUACAUGUUCCUCGCGCUUAUAACCCAAAUCUACGGCGGUACGAGUAACAAGAAUAAGGAAUAUGUGGAUUUUCCAUGGCAGUAUCCUAGUGGGCUGAGUGGCUUUCCAGGAUCUUCAGCGCAGAAUUACGGACCACAAUACCCGGAAGAACCUGUCAAACCGAAACUAAUAGAACCUGUUUUACCAGCAGUGCGCGGGGAUUUUGCAAGCAAGAAAUUUGGACCAAUAAGUACAGCUACAAGAGUCCAUAGCCACGGCCCUGGAUACAGUCGGGGGUUAUCGGAAACUUCAUCGUAUUACCACCGCCCAACAUUCGACUUUGAAAAAUUUGAUAAAACAUUUGAAAAGAAUUACGAGAAAACAGAUCCGUUCAGAUUUCACAAUGAAUACUCGAAACCUGAUCAAUUUAGAUUAGAUAAAGAAUUCAAUCGUCCGUUACCGAAGCAUCCUAUAGUGGAUUACGAUUUCAGUUUUGGGAAGAGGACCAUGUUUGAGCCUGUGGGUGCUAGCUCUGAGAAAGUGACUGUUAGGGAAGAGAGGAAGACCGGAUCUAAAAGUAGGAAGAAGAGAGAAUCAGUAGAACGAUAUGACUUCGUUGUCGUUGGAGCUGGAUCCGCUGGCUGCGUUGUUGCUAAUCGUCUCUCCGAAGUCAAACAAUGGAAGGUGCUCCUAAUAGAAGCCGGUCCAGAGGAACCCGAUGUCACCAGCGUCCCGGCCUUUGCUCCAGUGCUCGGCAGAUCCAGCAUCGACUGGAUGUACCGGACCCAGCCGGAGGAGAUGACCUGCAGGGCGCAACGAGGACAGACGUGCGCUUGGUUGAGCGGGCGAGUGAUGGGAGGUUCUAGUUCCAUUAAUUAUGCAGUGUACAUGAGAGGUAAUAAAAGGGAUUAUGACGAGUGGGCAGAACUCGGUAACGAAGGCUGGAGUUACGAAGAGGUUCUACCUUAUUUCAAGAAAUCUGAAGACAAUCAAAACAUGGAAGGACACGACAGUGUAUACCAUGGAACUGAUGGUCCAUUAAACGUAGAAAGAUUUGCUUACAGUGAUAUAAAUGUAAUGAUGAUAGUCAAAGCAUUCUAUGAGAAAGGACUGCCUUUAGUAGACUUCAAUGGAAAAACACAGAUUGGAACGAUGACAACUCAAACUACAACGAAAAAUGGACGAAGAGUUUCAACUAAUGAUGCUUUCAUACGACCGAUAAAGAACCAUAGGCCUAAUCUUGUUAUAAUAACCGAGGCUCAAGUUACAAAAAUAAUGAUAGACGAAAGCAAGAAUGCUUAUGGAGUAAGAUACGUAAAGAGUGGUGUGCUGUACGAGGUAUAUGCUAACAAAGAAAUUAUCAUAAGUGCUGGAGCAUUAAAUAGCCCAAAACUAUUAAUGUUGUCUGGUAUCGGACCUAGAGAAGAUUUAGAACAUUUGAAAAUACCAGUCAUAAUGGAUUUAAAAGUCGGACGAAAUUUACAGGAUCACGCCACAGCUGAAGCUGUACUUAUAGGACUCACUAACGAAACGUCUACCCUUGUAUCUGGAAAAGAACUGCUGAAAGCUGUUAAAGACUUCAAAGUAGUCAGAACUGGUAGUGAACCGUUAUCAGCUCCAGGACCUUUGCAUGUCACAGCAUUCUAUCGAACAGCAUACGCUGGGAAAGAUGAAACUGUCCCAGACAUACAAUAUCAUUUUGACGGUAGAAACCAAAAAGAUUUUUACGCUGACCCGACUACAUACUUAGCAACAUCCAUAUUCCCAUUCUCUUAUUACGACAGCAUAAACGUCAGACCAAUACUUCUACGUCCAGAAAGCAGAGGAUAUAUAACUCUGAACAAAACCCAUCCAGUAUUUGGACAACCUUUAAUCUAUCCAAGAUUCUUCACGAAGCAAAAAGAUUUGGAUACUUUAGUAGCGGCGCUUAAGUUCGCGACGAAACUAGAAAAUACAAAGGCUUUUAAGGAAAACGGAGUGAAGUUUAUAAGAAAACAAGUGGAGGCUUGUUCUCAAUACGUCUGGGGAAGUUAUAAAUAUUUUUCUUGUAUUUUGACCAGUUACACUGGAACUAUUUACCAUCCUGCUGGCACUUGUAAAAUGGGACCACAUUAUGAUAAUUCAGCAGUUGUUGAUCCUAGGUUGAGGGUGUAUGGGAUUGAUAAUUUGAGAGUUGCAGAUGCAUCGAUAAUGCCUAACAUUGUCAGAGGGAAUACGAAUGCGCCUUGUAUAAUGAUUGGAGAGAAAGUCUCUGAUAUGAUAAAGGAAGAUUGGAAUUUUGAAGAUUAUACUAAUUAUUAGUCGUAGCAUUGACUGUAGUGUAAAGUGUAUCAUAGUUUUUAGAAGCCUCAUUUUUAUACAAAAUGGGGAUUAUGCCAUAUCUGUUUAAUGAUUUUAAUUUAUUCUCAUUUUUAGCUGAUUAUAGUAUUUUUUCCAUGACAAUACUAUACUUUGAGAGUACCUAACAUAUUAAUUAUUAUUUUUGAGAGCUACAUAUUUAGCGUAAGAAACCUUUUUUUAACUUACAAUGAUUAUUACAUUUCACUUUUACACAAUUAUGAUUUAUACAUUUUAAUCGUUUAGUUUUACUUAAGUACAUAGUUAAAAAUAAUCAAACAUUUAAUGUUGUAAAUUAGAUUAUUUCCAAUGA